AACCAAAACACUGCGCAUAAAGACGCCAAACUGGAAGCUGCAGAGUCUGGAUAGAAUUCUCUGUGGGGUUUAUUCCUACUAGCAACACAUUUCACUCAACCAGUGAUGGAAAACCAAAUGGCACAUGGCACGCUUUGAGCACAUUGAGAUUUGAACCUGCUCCAGAAAAAAACACAGCAGGACUCAAUAUUACCUGUUGGAAAAGAAAGCUGUUUUUAUUUAUUCACAUGUGUAUUUACUCCACAACAGAUCAUUCAUUAUUUGGUUGCUGAGUUCUGAUAAGUGAAAAUGUAACACCAGAUGGGAUGUUGGGAAUGUGAUAUGUGGAAAGGCUGGUGAUGGAUGAAUAAAUGACAGUGAGCUGUAGACAGAGGGAACAACAUGUGGAAAUACAACGCAAAAACACAAAACUUUCAAACAUUGCUAUCCGGUGCCGGUGGUCCGUGUCUCGAAUAUGCGUUGCGUUCAUUUUCUUUUUGCGCAUGUUCUUGUAAGUCUGUCCAAUUUCCCCGCGUGACCUCACAGCACGUAAUUAGCGCAAUUACGAAGAACGAGCUCGCUCGAGGCUGCGGUGUCUCAUCAAAUUGACUCCGGCCAGAGAUGAAAUUAGAAACUUCACUGAACGGAAAGCUCUAUGGUGACCACGCCCACCGGGCGGCGGCGGCGCGCGCGCGGGGAGCGGGAGCGAGCUGCGCGUGAAGAACCCCUGCUGGGACGCUGAGGUGAAGAGGGGCGAGCGCGCAGUGCUCAGAGAACCUGGUGCUGUGCGCAUCAUCAGCAGGGUCCGGGGACUUCCGGGGGACAACCACACGUAUCACUCUCUCUGCUGUCGGGAAUGCAUCGCUUCACCAAAGCACGUGCGCACUGGCGUCGGCCCCCCAUGUAGCUGAGAGACAAACCCUGACUCCUUGGCGAGGGUCACAAAAUGAACGCCUCCUGUGAUCCUGCAGUCCCGGCCUACCAGCACGACUCCGGAUGCGACCUCGACGGCAGAUGUGACUGGCCGUCUCCUCAGCGCUGUAACUGGACGUCGGCGUACAGUGGAGCGCCGCAGCUGCCCACCUUUUCCACGGCGGCCAAGGUCAGAGUGAUCGUCACCUUCAUCCUUUGCGGCGUCUCCACUUUCUGCAAUUUGGCUGUGCUGUGGGCAGCCAAAGGCCACAAGCGCAAGUCCCACGUCCGAGUGCUGAUAAUCAACCUGACCGCGGCCGAUCUCCUGGUCACCUUCAUCGUGAUGCCUGUGGACGCCGUGUGGAACAUCACCGUCCAGUGGCUGGCGGGCGACCUGGCCUGCAGGUUCCUGAUGUUCCUCAAGCUGCAGGCCAUGUACUCGUGUGCCUUUGUCACCGUGGUGAUCAGUCUGGACAGACAGUCGGCCAUCCUCAACCCUCUGGCAAUCAGCAUGGCACGGCAAAGGAACCGGGUCAUGCUGACGGUGGCGUGGACUUUGAGCGCCUUGUUCUCAAUCCCUCAGAUGUUCAUUUUCCAUAACGUGACCAUCACGUAUCCUGCAAACUUCACUCAGUGCACCACUAGGGGCAGCUUCUUCACCCACUGGCAGGAAACAGCUUACAACAUGUUCACCUUCUCCUGCCUCUUCCUGCUGCCGCUGGUCAUGAUGAUCAUCUGCUACACCAGGAUCUUCAUCCAGAUCUCCAAACGGAUGACAACAAGAAACUUGUCCUCCAACGAGCCACAUCUGCGUUGCUCUAAGAACAACAUCCCCAAAGCCAGAAUGAGAACUCUGAAAAUGAGCAUCUUCAUAGUGAUGUGCUUCAUAGUCUGCUGGACUCCGUACUAUCUGUUGGGUUUGUGGUACUGGUUCUUCCCGGACGACCUGGAGGGGAAGGUCUCCCACUCCCUCACCCACAUCCUCUUCAUCUUCGGACUUUUCAACGCCUGCCUGGACCCCAUCAUCUACGGCCUGUUCACCAUACGCUUCCGCAAGGGGCUGAGUGGCUGCUACCGCAAAGCCACGCUGACGUCCGACCGGGAGAUGAAAUGCCGCGCGCCCGCGUUGUCCUCUAAUAGAGGCACGGGGACGGGGGAAAAGGACAGCAGCUGUGGACGGGCUGAGGCCAAAUGCUCCGACGGCAGGUCUCUGUGCGGUCGGGGGGAAGGAGGACAACCGAGCCAUUCCAGUGCAGAGAACACAAUAUGAGUUCAGUCAGGAGCUUGACACCGCUAACGGAGCUGGUUCAUCUUUUUUUUUUUUUUUUUUAUGUUUAUUUCACUGUCACACUCAAUGUGCAUGUGUAGGAUACGUUUGAAAAAAGAUCCAUCACCUAGAUGUGUUUGUUAUCUUUUGGGCUUUCCAUCUUACUUAAGGCUGACAGAACAGAUCUUCAUGAGCCUACCAAACAGAGCUUCUAUUUUAAGACAAGCUCGCCAUUUACAAUAUUGAUUUCCCGGCGUGGUAAAAGCUUCAGCGUGUCGCUCACGCAGCCACGCACACUGCCUGAGGUUUCAGAUGAGGGUGCAGAUCAGACGGGUUGAGAGCUUUCCUUUGUAGCCGACACAAAAGAAGAUAAUCAGUUAAUCAGAUGCAAUAUCUAUUACAUUCCCUGAGGCAAAACAAAGUACCAAUUAUCUGCGUGUCACAGAAGGCAAAGCACAAGGUCACUAACGACGUUAACAAUGCUUUUGUCCCAUUCAGUUGUUCCAGUGAAUCAAACACUGUGCCAUUGAACGUAGAGCGUCCGACCUCCUCAAGGAGCUUGGAAACUGAAGCAGCCUGUGUUUGUUCAUUCGGUUACAUAAAAACGAAAAUGUAAACUAUGCUUUAGUGUCCACAUGUGAGAACAGUUUGUGUUCAUUCCUCAUGAACUCUGCAAGUUUAUCGGUGUUUUUUUCUUUACAGUUUGCAACAAUAUAGAAAUAAAUGCCUGCAGUGAUCAUGUGGAGAAGAUGCAGGGGAGCUUCUGGAGGGCGGACUACUGCAUGUACUUUUAAUCCAGAUCAUCGUAUUAAAAGGGAUUCUUAAAGCCAUUGGAUACUUGCAGUUGCCACCCCUUCUCAUUGGACUCCAUUCGUUGGAUUAAGUGGACAAUUUCCAGAUGUUUACGCAUUAAACACAUUAAAUGGUGUUCAUUUCACCGGCACUUCAAGACCAAGCUCAUACAAGUUGUUAUAGUCAUUGUCUGCAAAAGACAAUUAUUUCUGUCAUUGAUGAUACUGGUGAUUGUUUUCUCAAUUCAUUUUUUGGUACAUAAAAUGUGAGAAAUUGCUGAAUAAUGCACAUCACUGUCUCCAAGAUGAGGUUUUCAAAUGACAUUUUUGUGUUGACCAGUCUGAAUAAAAUGAAUUAGAAAGCAAAACAUGAUUAUAACUGAGAUGCAGGGAAUCAUAUAACUUUCUCUGAUUUUGCUAAAAAAAAGGAUCAAAAGGCUUAAUCAGUUAUCCAAAUUGUUGAUGGGAUAAUAAACUAAUUCAGAACUGUUCAUAAGCAUAGGAAUGGAUGCGGUUCACCUUCCCUUUGAAUAUUUAUUAAGAUGUAGUUUAUUAAGUUAAAGUUUGUUUGAACAUAUUAUGCAACUUCCCGCUAAAACUUAACUAUAAUACCAACUGUUAAUUUGGACAAACUGAAUAUCACCAUCAUGUCAGUUUUGGGCUUCUGGUCACACUCGACCGUAAAUCAUUACCAGAAAACCAACACCACCAACCAACGCUUUGCUGCAGGAAAUCUUUCUGAAUAUUUGAUUAUUAGAACAACAAUAGGAUCUCUCUGAGAUGAUUUGGUAAAGUGUGCCGUCGCGUGAGACGGAGACUAGAAUCUUCUAAAGCCUGAGAACAGUUUGAGGAGUCUAAUAUCCAAUUCUUGCCUGAUGCCACCAAAAACCCAAACCCAUUACUGUUUUACCCAUGUUUACCCAUGAACCACAGGUGACCUUUCAGGUCAGCAUAAAGUAUUCAUUUCUAUUCCAACAUCCAUCCUUUAUCCGACCAGGGAGUCUUUAUCUGUAUCUGCUGUAUACGUACAAUAUAAAUGGUUGAUUGAUUGACAUUA